AUGUCUGAAAUUGCGUUACUAAAAUCUAAAAUAAGUUCCUUAAAAAGCAAACUAACGCGUCUUCAAAAUUAUUUUAAUUCUAUUAAUAAAAACGAAUUAGACGAUAUUAUAAUUAAUCAACUUGAGAGCCGCUUAGAAAAGAUUCAACCUAUUUGGGAACAAUUUGACGAAAUCCAGUUUGAAAUAGAGCAAAUGUUGUGUACUAGCGAAAAUCCUGAAUCUCAGUCUGACAAAGAUGAGAGAGACGCGUUUGAAAAUAGUUAUUUCAAAUUGACUGGAGAUAUAAAGAUUCUAAUUAAAAAUUACAACCAAACAAUAGAACGCAAUGAUGGUUCUGUGGUCAGUUUUCGACACAAUUCGGUCGUAUCUAAUUCUGUCCAAUCCUUAGUGAAAUUGCAAUCCAUUAAACUCCCUACUUUUGAUGGACAAUAUGGUAAUUGGCUAGAGUUUAAAGAUUCUUUUGUUGCCUUAGUUGAUAGUAAUCCUACAUUAAAUUCGAUUCAAAAAUUCUAUUAUCUCAGGUCAUCACUAAGCGCAGAAGUUCUUGAAAUAAUAAAAUCGAUAGAGGUCUCAUCUAGCAAUUACACGGUAGCCUGGCAAUUUCUUGCAGAUAGGUUCGCAAACAAAAAACUUAUUAUUUAUAAUCAUAUUCGAGCGAUAUUCGAACAUCCUAGUUUACUUAAAGAAAGUUAUACCGAUCUUCGAAACUUAUAUGAUUCUGUCACCAAGCAUUUACGUGCGUUGAAGGCUUUAGGCGAAACAACGCAUACUUGGGACAGAUUAGUUAUUUAUAUUAUGUGUAGUAAAUUUGCCAGCACUACACAACGAGACUGGGAAAUUAAUAAAUACGAAAGUGAUUUACCGACAAUGAAGGAUUUGAGUAAUUACUUGCAAUUGAAAUGCGAGAUGCUGGAAAACUUGGAGAUGUCAAAUAAAGAUGCCAAUAAAAAUAAUAAACAAAAUAAAAAAUACUUUAGAGACACUAGUAAUAAUUAUCACUCAACAAAUAAACAAGACAAUAAUAAAUUUAAGUGUUAUUAUUGUCAGCAAUCUCAUGGUAUUUUCAAUUGCAGUGAUUUCUUAAAAUUAUCCGUAAAUGAGCGUAUCGCAGCGGUAAAGAGGAUUAAACUAUGUUUAAAUUGUUUGCACGAUUUAAAUUGUCUGCGCGAAUUAAGAACCAUCACGCACCCUUCUUGGAAAUGUAACAAAUCAAAAUGUUUUAAAUGUAAAAGGUCGCACAAUACUUUACUUCAUUCAGAUUCUUACCACAAAAUGGAUCAAAAUUCCGAAGCGACCGCUGGCGCAAAUAGUUUGCCACCUACAGAGAGAGAGAACGAUACGACGCCGAACACGGCUGACAGGCAUAUAUCGUUGAAUUCCUAUGUGUCGGAGGCUGAAGGCGCUGUUGCCGUACUUAACCCAUUUUCGAGUUGUGCCCAGAUUUCUGCGGGAUAUUCUCAAGUUUUGCUUUCUACUGCAAUGAUUCAGUUGACGAAUGGGAAAAAGAGUAUUAUGGCACGGGCUUUGUUAGACAGUGGUUCGCAAAGUAAUUUUAUAUCGGAGAAUAUUUGUAAAAAAUUAAAUUUACAAAGGACUGCAAUAAAUCAUGCAGUAAAAGGUGUGGGACAGACAUUCACAAAUAUUAAUGAUCAAGUUAAUGUAACGAUUAAGUCUUGCAUAAGUAAUUUUAAGACAGAUGCAACGUGUUUAAUUUUAGAAUAUAUAACUGAUAAAUUACCAAUUAUGUCAUUCAAUAAAGAUGUUCUGAAAAUUCCAGCAAAUAUAUCCCUAGCUGAUCCCAAGUUUAAUACGUCAAAUAUUAUAGAGGUUUUACUUGGAUCAAGUAUAUUUUGGUCUAUAAUGGGAUCUAACCAAGUCCAACUUGGACCCAAUAUGCCAAUAUUACAGGAAACUAAAUUUGGUUAUAUAAUAGCAGGCAAUUUAUGUAUGAAUCCGACUUAUUCUCUUAAGGUAUCGGUAAAUUGUUUAAAUAUUUUAGAUUCCGAUACGUCUAUAGAUAAUAAAAUAAUAAAAUUUUGGGAACUGGAAGAUAUUUCUAGUAAAGAACCUAAUAUGUCGGAUUCGGAGAAAUAUUGCGAGCGUUACUUCAAAGAAACUGUUCAAAGAGACGCAAGUGGUAGAUUUAUAGUAAAGAUACCGUUUAAAAAUAAUAUAGAGCAAUUAGGCGAUUCACGUGAUAUGGCGUUAAAGCGGUUUUAUCACCUUGAAAGAAAAUUUAAGAACAAUCCUGAAUUAAAAUCAGAUUAUGUAAAAUUUAUGUCUGAAUAUGAAUCUUUAGGCCACAUGUGUGAUGAUGUGGUCGACGACGGGUACUAUCUUCCACAUCACGCCGUGAUAAAAAAUUGUAGCAUCACUACGAAAUGUAGGGUAGUGUUUGACGCGUCGGCAAAGUCGUCGAGCGGGUUUUCCCUUAAUAAUGUUCAGUAUGUCGGUCCGACAAAUCAACAGGAUGUGUUUUCAAUAUUAACUAGGUUUAGAAUUCAUGAAUUUGUUUUGACAGGUGACAUAUCAAAAAUGUAUCGUCAGGUACUUAUUGAUUCUAAUGAAACUAAAUUCCAAAAAAUAUUUUGGCGUUCGCAAUCUGAUGAAAAAAUAAAUGUUUAUAAAUUAAACACUGUAACGUACGGUACGGCUUCUGCGCCAUAUUUAGGUGUAAGGUGUUUGUUUCAGAUUGCAGAUGAAAAUGAAAAUAAGUUUCCAAUCGUCAGUAAUAUAAUAAAAAGAGAUUUUUACAUGGACGAUGUUUUAACUGGUUCUGAUUCUAUAGAAGAACUAUUGCAAAUUCAAAAAGAUCUUGUAAAUUUAUUAUCUAGUUAUGGUUUCGAACUUCGCUAA